CGGAGGUGAGCCGGCCGCCCUGCCGCGCAGCCCCGCACCCGGGCGGGGCGCCUCAGCGUCUUCCUGCGGAGAGCGAGGGAGAGAGCGAGAGAGCGAGGCCCCGGGAUCCGGCGCGGCUGCCAGCAUGUGGGGCGCCCCGGAUGAGAGCUCCGUGAGGGUGGCUGUCAGAAUAAGACCACAGCUUGCCAAAGAAAGAAUUGAAGGAUGCCAUAUUUGUACAUCAGUCACUCCAGGAGAACCUCAAGUCUUCCUAGGGAAGGACAAAGCUUUUACCUUUGAUUAUGUGUUUGACAUUGAUUCCCAACAAGAACAUAUCUACAAUCAGUGUAUUGAGAAACUAAUUGAAGGGUGUUUUGAGGGAUACAAUGCCACGGUGUUUGCUUAUGGACAAACUGGGGCUGGCAAAACAUACACCAUGGGAACAGGAUUUGAUGUUAACAUCAUUGAGGAAGAGCAGGGUAUUAUCUCCCGUGCUGUCAAACAUCUUUUCAAGAGCAUUGAAGAAAAAAAAAACACAGCAAUUAAAAAUGGACUUCCUCCUCCAGAUUUUAAAGUGAAUGCCCAGUUCUUAGAGCUUUAUAAUGAAGAGGUCCUUGACUUAUUUGAUACUGCUCGUGACAUUGAUGCAAAAAAUAAAAAAUCUAAUAUAAGAAUUCAUGAAGACUCGACUGGAGGAAUUUACACUGUGGGAGUGACAACGCGUACUGUGAAUACAGAAUCAGAGAUGAUGCAGUGUUUGAAGCUGGGUGCUCUAUCCCGUACCACUGCCAGCACCCAGAUGAAUGUUCAGAGCUCCCGUUCACAUGCCAUUUUUACCAUUCAUGUGUGUCAGACCAGAGUGUGCCCCCAAGCAGAGGCUGAAAAUGCAACUGAUAAUAAGAUGGUUUCCGAAUCGUCACAGAUGAAUGAGUUUGAAACCCUGACUGCAAAGUUCCAUUUUGUUGAUCUGGCAGGAUCCGAAAGAUUGAAGCGAACUGGAGCUACAGGCGAGAGGGCAAAAGAAGGCAUUUCUAUCAACUGUGGCCUGUUGGCACUUGGCAAUGUCAUAAGUGCAUUAGGUGACAAGAGUAAGAGGGCUACCCAUGUCCCCUAUAGAGAUUCCAAGCUGACAAGACUCCUGCAGGAUUCCCUUGGGGGUAACAGCCAAACGAUCAUGAUAGCAUGUGUCAGCCCUUCAGACAGAGAUUUUAUGGAAACAUUAAACACUCUGAAAUAUGCUAAUCGAGCUAGAAAUAUCAAGAACAAAGUCAUGGUGAAUCAAGACAGAGCUAGUCAACAAAUCAAUGCACUUCGCAGUGAGAUCACACGACUUCAAAUGGAGCUCAUGGAGUACAAAACAGGGAAAAGAAUAAUUGAUGAGGAAGGCGUGGAAAGCAUCAAUGACAUGUUUCAUGAGAAUGCUAUGCUACAGACUGAAAAUAAUAACCUGCGUGUGAGAAUCAAAGCCAUGCAAGAGACGGUUGAUGCAUUGAGGACCCGAGUGACACAGCUUGUUAGUGAACAGGCAAACCAGGUUCUUGCCAGAGCAGGUGAAGGGAAUGAAGAGAUUAGUAAUAUGAUUCAUAGUUACAUCAAAGAAAUUGAAGAUCUCAGGGCAAAGUUGCUAGAAAGUGAAGCUGUGAAUGAGAACCUUCGAAAGAAUUUGACAAGAGCCACUUCAAGAUCACCCUAUUUCAGUGGCUCCACGCCUUUCUCUCCAACUAUUCUGUCUUCAGACAAAGAAACUAUUGAGAUUAUUGACUUAGCUAAGAAAGAUUUAGAGAAGCUGAAGAGGAAAGAAAAGAAGAAGAAAAAAAGUGUGUCUGGAAAAGAUGAUAAUGCAGACACUGACCAGGAGAAGAAAGAAGAAAAGGGUAUUUCAGAAAGAGAAAAUGAGUUUGAAGUGGAAGAGAGUCAAGAAGUGAGUGAUCAUGAGGAUGAGGAAGAGGAGGAGGAAGAGGAAGAGGAUGACAUUGAAGGGGGUGAAAGCUCUGAUGAAUCAGAUUCUGAAUCAGAUGAAAAAGCCAACUAUCAAGCUGACUUAGCAAAUAUCACUUGUGAAAUUGCAAUUAAACAAAAGCUAAUUGAUGAACUGGAAAACAGCCAGAAAAGGUUGCAGACACUGAAGAGGCAAUACGAAGAGAAACUAAUGAUGCUGCAACAUAAAAUUCGGGAUACUCAGCUGGAAAGAGAUCAGGUGCUCCAAAAUUUGGGUUCUGUGGAAUCUUACUCAGAAGAGAAGGCAAAGAAAGUCAAGUCUGAAUAUGAAAAGAAACUGCAAGCCAUGAAUAAAGAGUUGCAGAGACUUCAAACAGCUCAAAAAGAACAUGCAAGGUUGCUUAAAAAUCAGUCUCAGUAUGAAAAACAGCUGAAGAAAUUGCAGCAGGAUGUGAUGGAGAUGAAAAAGACAAAGGUUCGUCUCAUGAAACAAAUGAAGGAAGAACAAGAGAAAGCCAGGCUGACAGAGUCUAGAAGAAACAGAGAAAUUGCUCAGUUGAAGAAGGAUCAGCGUAAAAGAGAUCAUCAACUUAGACUUCUGGAAGCCCAAAAGAGAAACCAGGAAGUGGUUCUUCGUCGCAAAACUGAAGAGGUGACAGCUCUUCGUCGGCAAGUAAGGCCCAUGUCUGAUAAAGUUGCUGGAAAGGUUACUCGGAAGCUGAGCUCCUCUGAUGCCCCUGCUCAGGACGUUGGUUCGAGUACAGCUGCCGUUGAUGUGGAUGCAUCAAGGGCAGGUGCCCAGCAGAAAAUGAAAAUUCCCGUGGCAAGGGUGCAGGCCUUACCAACACCCACCACAAAUGGAACCAGAAAAAAAUAUCAGAGGAAAGGAUUGACUGGCCGAGUGUUCACUUCCAAGACAGCCCGGAUGAAGUGGCAGCUGCUGGAACGCAGGGUUACCGACAUUAUCAUGCAGAAAAUGACCAUUUCCAACAUGGAGUCCGAUAUGAACAGACUUCUUAAGCAAAGGGAAGAACUCACCAAAAGACGAGAGAAACUAUCUAAAAGAAGAGAGAAGAUCAUCAAGGAGAAUGGAGAAGGAGAUAAAAAUGUGGUUAACAUCAACGAGGAGGUGGAGUCACUAACUGCUAACAUAGAUUACAUCAAUGACAGCAUUUCUGACUGUCAAGCCAACAUCAUGCAAAUGGAAGAAGCAAAGGAGGAAGGUGAGACAUUAGAUGUGACCGCAGUCAUUAAUGCUUGCACACUUACGGAAGCCAGAUACCUGCUGGAUCACUUCCUGUCAAUGGGCAUCAACAAGGGUCUUCAGGCUGCUCAGAAAGAGGCUCAAAUUAAAGUACUUGAAGGUCGACUCAAACAAACUGAAAUAACCAGUGCCACCCAAAACCAGCUCUUAUUCCACAUGCUAAAAGAAAAAGCAGAAUUAAAUCCUGAGUUAGAUGCUUUACUUGGCCAUGCUUUACAAGAAAAUGUAGAUGACAGUACUGAUGAAGAUGCACCUUUAAACAGCCCAGGAUCCGAGGGAAGCACACUAUCCUCAGACCUUAUGAAGCUUUGUGGUGAGGUGAAACCUAAGAACAAGGCCCGGAGGAGAACGACCACUCAGAUGGAAUUGCUGUAUGCAGAUAGCAGUGAACUAGCUUCAGACACUAGUACAGGAGAUGCCUCCUUGCCUGGCCCUCUGACUCCUGUCGCAGAAGGGCAAGAGAUUGGAAUGCAUACAGAGACAAGUGGUACUUCUGCUAGGGAAAAAGAGCUUCCUCUCCCAUCUGGCUUGCCUUCUAAGAUAGGCAGCAUUUCCAGACAGUCAUCUAUAUCAGAAAAAAAAUUACCAGAGCCUUCACCAGUAACAAGGAGAAAGGUAUAUGAGAAAACAGAAAAGCCAAAGGCCAAGGAGCAAAAGCACUCAGAUUCUGGAACUUCAGAGGCUAGCCUCUCACCUCCUUCUUCCCCACCAAGCCGGCCCCGUAAUGACCUGAAUGUCUUUAAUCGUCUAACUGUUUCACAGGGAAACACAACAGUUCAGCAGGAUAAGUCUGAUGAGAGUGACUCCUCUCUGUCGGAGGUACACAGGGGCAUAAUCAACCCAUUUCCUGCUUCCAAAGGAAUUCGGGCCUCUCCACUUCAGUGUGUGCACAUCGCAGAAGGACACACCAAAGCUGUGCUCUGUGUGGAUUCUACCAAUGACCUUCUCUUCACUGGAUCAAAAGAUCGUACUUGUAAAGUAUGGAAUCUAGUGACAGGGCAGGAGAUCAUGUCGCUGGGCAGCCAUCCCAACAACGUAGUGUCUGUGAAAUACUGUAAUUACACCAGCUUGGUCUUUACCGUGUCAACAUCUUAUAUUAAGGUGUGGGAUAUCAGAGAUUCAGCGAAGUGUGUUCGAACACUAACAUCUUCAGGUCAGGUUACUCUUGGAGAUGCUUGUUCUGCAAGUACCAGCCGGACAGUGGCCAUUCCUUCUGGAGAAAACCAAAUCAAUCAAAUUGCACUGAACCCAACCGGCACCUUCCUCUAUGCAGCUUCUGGAAAUGCUGUCAGAAUGUGGGAUCUGAAAAGGUUUCAGUCUACCGGAAAGCUAACAGGCCAUCUCGGGACUGUUAUGUGUCUUACUGUGGACCAGAUUUCCAGUGGUCAGGAUCUCAUCAUCACCGGCUCCAAGGACCAUUACAUCAAAAUGUUUGAUGUAACCGAAGGGGCUCUGGGAACUGUGAACCCCACGCACAAUUUUGAGCCCCCUCAUUAUGACGGCAUAGAAGCCCUCACCAUUCAAGGGGACAACUUGUUCAGUGGGUCCAGAGACAAUGGGAUCAAGAAGUGGGACCUUGCUCAAAAAGAUCUGCUUCAGCAAGUUCCAAAUGCACACAAGGAUUGGGUCUGCGCCCUGGGCGUGGUACCAGCCCACCCGGUGCUGCUCAGCGGCUGCAGAGGGGGCAUUGUGAAGCUCUGGAACAUGGAUACAUUCGUGCCAGUGGGGGAGAUGAAGGGUCAUGACAGCCCCAUCAAUGCCAUCUGUGUGAAUUCUACCCAUAUAUUUACGGCCGCGGAUGACCGAACAGUGAGGAUUUGGAAGGCUCGAAAUUUGCAAGAUGGCCAAAUAUCUGAUCCAGGAGAUCUGGGAGAAGAGACUUCUAGUAAUUAAACCUGAAGAUAAGUCAUACACUGAAUGCUGUGAUAAUGCUCUGGGUUCUUUAUUUAAAAUGUCCUGCAAAAGUUUAAGAAUGGGAUGAACUGGAAAAUAUAUCUGAAUCCAAAUGUUGAAGAUAUAUGAUAUUCUAGUGAAAUUGUGUGCUAUCCUGUGUGCUUAAUUUUGUAUCCACUGAUACAUAUGUAUCUUGCUAUCAAUCUAUUGCUUGAUUCGCACUUUUAUUGUGGCUGCAUUUUUGUGCCUAGCUAUAAAAAGGCACCUUUAAAUUAUUGGAAUCAUGAGGUAUCAACUUUGACAAUAGUCAGAAAACACCCCUGGGAUAGAGUACAUCUACCUGUUAACUCCUUCCUGUAGUCUGUUCAUGUGAUUUACAUAUUUAACUGUAUUGGAAGCAUUAGUAAAAUUGUAGUCUGUUUGUCAAGCAUUCCUAUCAGCCUUGGAGGGUUCCCAAAUUUCAAAGCUCUUUUAAUGCAGUGGGAAAAAAAAAGAUAAAGUAAGGAGAAUAUUAUGGAUUUCUCAUAAAGUGGAAUUGACUUUGAUCUACUAACAAAGAAUAUUUAACUGUUUGUUUUAAAUGUUGGCAUUUACUUGUCUUGAUAAAAGUUUGUAAUUGUGAUAUAUAUAUAUAUAUAUAUAUAUCUCACAAUACAUACUGUGCUCAGGACUAAACUACUGUAAAAUUGUUGUUUUUCUUAGCACUGGGCCGAUGUUCUGUAUCAGUAUACAUUUUUGAUGUUCUAACAGAAAGACACUUUGAUCUAUUUUCUUAUGGAGUUGUUUCUAUUAUCACUUUUUAAUUUCUUUUUGUUAAUUUAAUAGUAGUUCUUUUCCCUUUCCUCUAAUUUUUUAUAUGCUGCUAAAUAUAUUUUGAAUAUACUAUGUUUGCAAACCUAGGUAGCUGUGAUGAGAAUUCUCAUCCUGUGUGGUGGGAAAAACUAUGUAUAUAGGUAGAUUGUAAAGAGAGACUAUCUUGCAUUAUGGCUGUAUGAAUUUUUUUAAGUCUGUAGAUUGGAUUUGCGAAAUGAUGUAUAAUUUAUCUGUCUGCCCAGAAUAUUAAUUUGUAAAUCCUGCAAGUUUAAUGUUUAUGUAGAUUGUAUAACAUUUGAAAAUACUGUUUUAUGUGAUUUUUUUCCCUCCCAAAAUACUGGCUUGUAAAUGAAAGCUUAGCUAGUGCUUCAAUAAACAUGUGGCUAUCGAU